AUGGUAUCAGAGCGACGCCAUAGCUACGCAGUAGUAGUGAUGAUGAGCAACGAAAUUGAUGAAGGCAACUCAGCCAGACAGACAUCGCCUCCUGCAAAUCAGAAUCCAAUCAGCCACAGUCCGAUCCAGAGGAGUGAUGGGUUUGAUGAUCCAUUCUACUUGCACAUUACCGAGAAUCCAAAUUUUGUUCUCGUUUCUCCUCCUUUGUCUGAACAUAAUUACGCAUCGUGGAGCCGAUCGAUGAAGAUAGCCUUGGAUGUUAAAAAUAAAUUUGGCUUUGCUAAUGGAUCCAUUCCAAAUCCAGGUGAAGGUGAUCCAAAAUUUUAUGUAUGGAGGAGAUGUAACAACAUUGUGUGCUCGUGGAUUUUGAAGUCUCUCAAUUCCAGUAUUGCAGAAACUGUUCUAUAUUAUGAAAUACCCGCAGACAUUUGGAAGUCCCUUAAGAAAAGGUAUUCACAAGCAGAUCCUCACAGAAUUGCUGAAUUGCAGAAUCAAAUCUACAGGAAUUUAUGUACCUGCAAUCUAUUACGUAAAAUGCAGAAAGAAAGAGCAGAUGACCAAGUUAUUAGGUUCCUAGAUGGACUCAAUGAUGAAUUUGAGUCUAUAAAGUCAGGUGCUCUUGUAAUGGACCCUAUUCCAGAUAUGGAAAAGGUCAUUAACAUGGCUUUGAAAAUAGAAAGGAAGUUUAAUGGAUCCAUUGUACAAAGAAGCAAUGAACUGGUUCAGUCCAAUGUUGUUCAGAGUGGUUAG